GAUUCGUCGUGUGCGCGGGGCCGCAGUUUCUAAACCGGAACUGUUUUUCAGAGGAAAGAAAUGUUGUAUAGAGAUUCUCUUCACUGCCUUUACCACUGUGUGUGAAGGAUGUCUCGUGCACGCCAGCCUCCUUUGGUCACUGGCAUCUCACCCAAUGAGGGCGCGCCGUGGACCAAAGUCACUAUUCGUGGAGAGAACCUGGGCACUGGACACAAUGACCUCAUAGGUCUGUCUAUCUGUGGUCAUAACUGUUUGCUGACAGCAGAAUGGAUGUCUGCUAGUAAGAUAGUGUGUCGAGUGGGUCCUGCUAAAGAUGACAAGGGCGAGAUCAUCGUCACCACCAAGAGCGGAGGUCGAGGGACGUCCACGGUCUCCUUCAAACUGCUCAAACCUGAGAGGAUCGGCAUUCUGGAUCAGUCUGCGGUCUGGGUUGAUGAGUUGAAUUACUAUGACAUGAGGACCGAUCGCAACAAAGGAAUCUCUCCUCUCUCGCUGAGGCCGGCCAACCCUUUGGGCAUCGAAAUAGACAAAGGGAAGGUUCCUCUGAAGGAUCUGGAGAACAUGUUCCCUGGGAUGAGUGGAGACUUCACCAGCGAAAAUUUCUCUGCCACCUGGUAUCUCAUGGAGAACCAUUCUUCAACCAGCUUUGAGCAACUGCGUGUGACUGUGGGAAAUCUUAAGAAACAGGCCAGUAAGAAGAAUGAGGGCAGUCUGGCCUAUGUGAAAGGAGGUCUCAGCACUUUCUUUGAGGCUCAGGAUGCUCUUGCAGCUAUCCAUCAGAAGCUUGAAUCGGACGGCACUGAGAAGGUGGAGGGCUCUAUGACCCAGCGACUAGAGAACGUCCUUAACAGAGCAAGUGAAACUGCUGACACCCUGUUUCAAGAAGUGUUGGGCAGAAAGGACAAGGCCGACUCCACACGCAACGCUCUCAAUGUCCUCCAGAGAUUCAAAUUUCUAUUUAACCUGCCACUCAACAUAGAACGCAACAUCCAGAAGGGCGAUUAUGACGUUGUUAUCAAUGAUUAUGAGAAAGCCAAAUCUCUGUUUGGGAACACAGAGGUCCCAGUCUUUAAGAAAGUGUAUUCGGAGGUGGAGACGCGUAUAGAAGCCCUGAGGAAACUGCUUUUGGAUAAACUUCUGGAGACCCCAUCCACUCUACAUGAUCAGAAACGUUAUAUCAGAUAUCUGUCAGAUCUACAUGCUCCAGGUGACCCGGCAUGGAAAUGUAUAGUCGCUCAACACAAGUGGAUCCUGCAGCUGAUGCAAAACUGUAAAGAAGAUUUUAUCACAGAGCAGAAAGUGGGUGGUGUCGGUUUAGAGAUGGAUCGGUCCUCAGCUCUGAACAGGAUCAGCCUCUCAGCUCCGGUGAAGAGAGGAGGCAGCUUCCAGACACCUAAAGAUGACUCGUGGCACUAUAAAAGCCCUCAGCAGGUGCGGUUUGUGGAGAAGCUCUCAGACGUGGUUAUCAGCCAGCUGCCCAACUUCUGGAAACUCUGGAUCUCUUACGUCAACGGCAGCCUUUUCAGUGAGACGGGAGAGAAGUCUGGUCAGGUGGAGAAGUUAAAGAAGAACGCCCGGCAAAGACAGAAUGACUUUAAGGGCAUGAUUGAGGAGGUGACGCGUCGUUUGGUGCAGUUGGUUCGAGGGGCUCUGUUACCCUCCUCUCUUACUGAGCUGCAGCUGAGGCAGUGUGGAGGCUGGGACACAAAAACCCCUCUCGGUGGAGCCUGGCUCACUCAGGUCAUCCACACCGUCAGGUUAAGUCAUGAAGCUCUGUCAGCUUUAGAGAUUCCUAAUGACCUGCUGCAGGUGAUUCAGGAUUUACUGCAGGACCUGCGUGUGCAUUGCCUGCUGACCACAUUACAGCACACUGAAGAGGACGUAAAGAGACUUGCAGAAAAAGAAGACUGGGUUGUGGACAACGAAGGAAUCGCAUCACUGCCGGCCCAGUUUGAGCAGUGUAUGGUUCAGAUGCUGCAGUCUCUAAAGGAGCCGAUGGAAUGUAAACCCGGAGAGAUCAAUAUCUUUAAUCUGGAUGUGAUUCAGGACAAAGCUUGUGAACGGUGUGUUUCUAUCAUGAAGGUCUUUAUUAAGUGCCUCGAACAGCUCAGCACCAAGACUGAUGGAGACAUCGACACCUCUCAUUUGUCUGUGGACUUGGCCUCACCUGAUCUUUUUGGAAGCAUCCAAGAAGACUUCAGUUCAAAACCAGAGCAACGUCUCCUCAUCAUCCUGAGUAACUGUCAGUAUCUGGAGAGACACACGUUUCUCAGUUUGGCUGAGCACCUGGAGAAGAACGGCUUCACCACUGCAGAGAAGAUCGUCAGGGUCAGCAUAGAGGCGCUGAGACAGCUGGAUGAAUAUCUGUUUGAGACGUACGUCGAGAAAAAAUCUGAUCCUAUCGUCGGCUCUCUGGAGCCUGGCAUCUAUGCAGGAUACUUUGAUUGGAAGGACUGCCUGCCACCUACAGGUGCGAGGAGUUACUUGAAGGAGGCUUUGGUCAGCAUUAUCUCUGUUCAUGCUGAGGUUUUCACGGUUUCUAAGGAGCUGGUUCCUCGUGUUUUAUCAAAGAUCAUUGAGGCUGUAGCUGAAGAAAUGAGCCGUCUGAUGCAGUGUGUGUCAUCCUUUAGUAAAAAUGGUGCACUGCAGGCACGUUUGGAAAUCUGUGCGCUGCUAGACGCCAUAGAGCCGUACCUUACAUCAGAGAGUCGCACUAGUUUUAAGCAGGCAUUGGAAGCUCUACCACAGCUACAGAGUGGAACUGACAAGAAACUCUUGGAGGAACUACUGAAUAAGUUUAAGAGUAGCAUGAAGCUACAGCUUAACUGCUUCAAGCCUGCUUCUUUUCAGCCUGUGAAACGAUAAUCCUUCACAAAACCCCAACAUUUCCACAGCGCCUCUUCGUUGUAACACUAAGACACCAUUUCAGUUUUAAAAACCAUUAAAAGUCAAUAUAGUGCCACUAA